AUGCUUUUAUUUACACGUGCGUUGUUCUGUGGCGCCGCUGUAGUAUGUCUAUAUGGGAGGCACCUAGAGGCGCUGCACACGGGCGUCACGAGCCGUGACGAUAAGGGACAGGCCGCUAUAACUGCCGAUACAGCCAAGUCAAUAAGCAAUGCGGCAAAAUUUAAACAAAAACAACCAGUUAUACAACCACAAGUGAAAAGGAAGGACUGGGAAAAUGGUCCACACCCAUGCUCGAGAUAUAACUCCUGGAAACAAGUUGAUAAAAUAUGGGAUAAUCUGCUUAUGCCAAGAAAUAUGACUAUUUGCAGAAAGAACUAUGGAGCUGAUGGAAAUUGUCUAUUCAAUGCUAUUGCUGGGAUACUAAGAGAUCAUCAACUGACUCGUGAUAUGAUCGGGCUAACGACAACUGACCUACCAGCAUCUGUAUCACUCUCACUUGAAGACACUAACUUUACAGAUACAUUUUACACCGUAGCGGAUCUACGCAAAAUUAUAGCCGUCAGAUUUGUUGGAGUCGACCCUUACAACCAAGCAGCUCUACCCUUCUGGAAUGUUAGUGAGCUAAUUACCAAACUAGAAGUGUACGCAGGAGUAGAGGGAACAGCAGAUUAUGGUGAUAUCAGGUGGGAACCAUCCAAAUUCCUUAACCAAAUAAGGAAUAAUGGAGACCUAUUAGAUAUCGCUAAAAAAAUAUUCUCAAGAUUAGCACAAGUUUCAAACCCAUAUAGCUGGGGGUCAUAUGAAGAUAUAGACACACUUGCACAUGUAUUUAACCUAGAUAUAUAUCUGUUCUGGAGUAACGAAAUUAGGUUACAAAGGUUUAAAGGGUUGAGACAUGAAAACGCACUACGACCUGCGUUGAUACUCUACUACCAUGUCAUGCAACAUUUCGAUGGAGCCGGGGUAAUCACAAAUAUUGACGAAGCGGACACCAUACCCAUAAGGAGCAUGUUUUCAGUUCGAAGAUUCCCAGAAACCUUACGCCAAAUUGCAACAUAA